CCGCCCCCGCGCCGCGGCCCAGCCUCGGGGUCCCAGGCUGAGGGAGCCGGGCGGAAGUGAGCGGGUCCCGCCCCUUCCCCCUCUCGUUUUCGUUGGAACCGCCGCGGCCGCCGCCGCCGCCGUCGCCUGCUCUCCGUGCCGUACCCUCGGUCCCCGGCCGCGCGGAGCCGGGAUGCACUGCUCCUGCUGUGGGUCCUCAUCAUGGAGACCAAACGGGUGGAGAUUCCCUGCAGCGUCCUGGACGAUCUCUGCAGCCGAUUUAUUUUGCAUAUUCCCAGCGAGGAAAGAGACAAUGCUAUCCGAGUGUGUUUUCAGAUUGAACUUGCCCAUUGGUUUUACUUGGAUUUCUACAUGCAGAACACACCAGGAUUACCUCAGUGUGGGAUAAGAGACUUUGCUAAAGCUGUCUUCAGUCAUUGUCCAUUUUUGCUGCCUCAAGGUGAAGAUGUGGAAAAAAUUUUGGAUGAAUGGAAGGAAUAUAAAAUGGGAGUGCCAACAUAUGGUGCAAUUAUUCUUGAUGAGACACUUGAAAAUGUCUUUGAAGAAACUGGUUUUGAUAUUAAAGAUUAUAUUUGUAAGGAUGAUUACAUUGAACUUCGAAUCAAUGACCAGCUUGCUCGUUUGUACAUCAUUCCAGGAAUUCCAAAAGAUACCAAAUUUAACCCAAAAACCAGAAGAGAAAUUCGGAACAUUGAGUGGUUCUCCAUUGAGAAAUUGCCCUGUCAUAGAAAUGAUAUGACCCCAAAAUCCAAACUUGGUUUGGCACCAAACAAAUUUUUUAUGGCCAUUCCUUUUAUCAGACCAUUAAGGGACUGGCUUUCUCGAAGAUUUGGCGAUUCCUCAGAUAGCGACAAUGGAUUUUCCUCAGCUGGUAGCACACCAGCUAAACCCACUGUGGAAAAAUUGAGUCGAACCAAAUUCCGCCACAGUCAGCAAUUAUUUCCUGAAGGUUCUCCUGGUGACCAGUGGGUAAAGCACAGGCAACCACUGCAACAAAAACCAUAUAAUAAUAAUCAUUCUGAAAUGUCUGACCUUUUAAAAGCAAAGAGUCAAAGUAUGAGGGGAAAUGGCAGAAAACAGUAUCAAGAGUCACCUAAUCAAAAGAAAAGAACAAAUGGGGUCCACAGCCAGCCAGGCAAGCAGCAGAACCCCUUGAUGAAAUGUGAAAAAAAACUUCAUCCACGAAAGCUUCAGGAUACUUUUGAAACAGAUGCUGUAUAUGACUUACCUUGCUCCAGUGAAGACCAGUUGCUAGAACAUGCCGAGGGCCAGUCUGUGGCAUGUAAUGGACGUUGCAAGUUCCCCUUUUCAUCCAGAGCCUUUUUGAGUUUCAAGUUUGACCAUAAUGCUAUAAUGAAAAUCUUGGACCUUUGAUAGCAACAAAUGUGUUGUGGAAGUCUCAAGAUCAGAGACUUGUUGCAUUUGAGUGGGUGUCUCUUUGAGCCUUACCUUUCUCAGGUGUUUUAAAGAAAUGCAGGGAGGCAGUGAUGUUUCUGAAGAGAUGUUCUAUGUGCAGAAGAGAGAGUAGAAAGAAACAUGAGUUUGCACUGUAAAUGCAGUUAUAACUUUUUAUACAUACGUACCUUUUCAGUGUUUGGCUAAUGAAUUUAAGUUGCUUUUUAUGAGGGCAUUUUUUUCUGUGUGAUUAUGGUUUUUAUUUUGUAUUCUGGUCAAGAAAAUAGUGUUUGAGUCAUCACUAAUAGCUAAGUUAACGGGAAUGCUCCAUCAACCCAUUGCAGUGAUUGUAUUGAUAAUACUAGUUCCCUUAUAUUGAAAAUUUUAAAAGAAACUUAAAAUACACAGUUAUUAAAUGAAUACAAGAGCUGAAAUGUCACAGAAGUCAAGAUUGCAGGUCAUCUGCUUUGGUGGCAUUUUGUGCCUAUCUCUGCUUCUAACCACUUAGGCUGUCUAAUCCUCCUCUGCUAGGAGUUUUUUUAAGGUUUUAUUUAGAGUCAGCAUCUGCUAUAUAAUGUUCAUGUUCAAAAUGAACUCUCAGCACUUCAUUAAAGGACAAAGUCCUCAGCCUGGAGAGGGACUGAGUUGGUUGGGCGGGGAGUUGAUGCUCUGAUUUUGAAUUGUGCUGUGUGCAGUCAGUGAACCUGGGAGACCGCGAAGAGAGGGUAGUGGGGAGAGAGCACGGGGACUGGGACCCCGAAACUGCUUUGGUCACAUCUGCACCAUCCUGCUGCCAGCCCCUUAGUAUCAUAUGAUGAUUUUGUUCUUGUGAAACUUUAUUCUGUAUUAAGUUGUGUAAAUAUGUAUGGAAUACUGACAUUAUUAGGUUUUACAUUGCAUCUCAGUGUUGAUCUCUGGAAACUGAUCUUAUAUUAGGUUCCAAUUUGCAGUAGUAGCAGAGACUGACACACUUUUAUUAGCAUGAAGCCCCUAGAUGAUGGAGCCAAAGGGAAGGGUAUGCAGUUUACCCAGGUACAGAUAAAGCAUUUCACUAGGGGAGGAUCAGAACGCGGCAGUAACAUGUGUAAUUCACUCCUAGGAAUGUAUUUUGCUCCUUUAGGAUUCUUAAAUCCAAAUAAGGAUGGCAGUGCCCAUUUAAAGAAGGAUUUUAGCUAUAUAAUUGAGGACAAUCACCAGGGCUUUAAGGGCUUUAAGGUGUUUGGGGUUGCUGCUAACCUCAUUGAAGGUGUUUCUUUCGGGGUUGGGGGGAGAGUGUGAGCAUAUGCGUGCGUGUGCUUCUGUCAUGUGGGUUUUAAAAAUCUUUUUUACAUGUGGUAUCCACAAAAUAUAUCUCCGCUUGUAAAUUUUAUUGUAGAAAUCUUUAUUCUGUAUAGAUAGCCUAUUUAAUAGGGGUUCUAUUUAACCCGGUGGGACUUUCAAAAGAAGUGCUAUUGUAAGGAGUUCACUUGGUAUUAAUUUGCUUUAGCUUUUCAAUGGCUUGAUUUUAAAGGAGAAAUUCUAUUUAUUAAUACAAGUGUCACCCUCCUGGUGCUAAGCAGGAUAAUUCAGUUAUAGCAGUGUGUUUAGAAUUAGGUUAUUCACAAUCCUGCGUCUUUUAAUGUGACAAAUUUGUGAAUCCUUCUGUGACCUUUUAAAAAUGCAUUAUAUGAUUGCAUUAGGAAGCUCUUAACUGUUUUUUCCAAAAAUACAGCUGCUUUGCUUGGGUCUCCUUGAGCCAUAUUUUUAGUUGGUCCCAGCAUUCCAGAUUUCUGUUAAAUUAUGAACAGAAACAGUGAAAACUGUUUGCCUGGCAGGUAAAUCAUUUUCACUCAUUUACUGCCAUCUGGAAACUGUUUAAUUUUUAGUGAUUUUCUAGGGGUUUUCCCUUUUUAAGUGAGUGCUUUGGUCAGUCUUUCUGGUGCCUCGAGUUGGAAUUUUCAGCUCUCGAUACUAAAGCAGAAGAGAUUAGUUACCAGAAGUAUGGCCUCUAAUGGUGUUGAGCCUUUUCAAGAACCAACAGAUUAUCUCUUUUCGAUAAUGGUAGUUUAACUAUGGUUAAAUAUUAUUGCUGUUGUGCUGCUUCAUUUAAUGCACUGUGGGUGGAACAAAAUAAGGGUAUUGUUGGAAUGGAACUUUGGUAACUUGAGGCUUUUAGCUCUCUUGACAGUUUGAGAUUUAAAAAAAUGUUAAAAGAUGUGAUUUAAAGUUUAUGUGUGUGAUGUGACUUAACUAUGCAGAAAAUGUAUAAGUUGGAUGUACAUGUUUUAUGUACUUCUGCUAUACUUAUUCCCUCAAACCUGUGUAUUAAGUUUCUCAGUGUUCAGGUUACCUUGAGAAAGGCCAUGCUUAGCACAGAACUAGCUUUCUCGAUUGAGAAAUUUUAGCAUGGUUUGAAGAAAUCAAGUGAUAAAGGAGAGUGCUGAAUGUGCAGUACUUUACUUCUGUGUGCUGCGAUUGAAGAAACGAGAUGGGAAAAGUGUUGGGUUGGCUUCGUUAUGUUUUACGUCUUUGAGAGAACAGGUCUUUUGAAUCCACUUUUUCAGUGUUCUUAUGUUCCAGCCUUAUAUGUUCCAAGGUUCAGUGCACUGUGAAUCUUUUAUUUUUUAAAAUUUCUUAGGUGCUUUUAUGUGUAACUGUAAUGAUUUGUAAGACGUUCAAUGAAUUGUUUUUGUACUUAACCAUUGUAAUCCAGAAGAUAGGGGUAUGGUUUACAUGCUUUCACAAAUUUUUGUUCAGAAAUAGCAAAUGAAUGGUUUUAGGAUUACCAACAGUGAGGCUCUCCUGAGACAUGAGCAUUUGGAGAAGUCCGAGAACCUAACAGAGCUCUUCUAGCAUGGGUGAAAUUUGAAUGAAGAUGUUUGAAAAUUAAGUUGGAUUUUCAUGGUUACAUAUAAAGGUGAGUUUCCUGUGCUGUAAAGGAAUGGUGGUCACUGCUUGCUGCUUUGAACUUGGAUAUCCUUAUUUUUCUAUUACAUAUCAAUUAGUAAGUACAGAUGAUGAAGAUGUAUAGCAAAAUUAAUUUUAUGCUAUGAGAUUGGGUUGGUAUUUUGUCUUUUAAGUCUUUAGUAAUUUGUAUGUUAAUAUCAAAAAAAAAAUACUCAAAUCUAAGUGAAUAGCAUCCUUCCACAGGAUUAAAUUCUUCUAUAAAACUUAAUACAUUGUGGUAGUCUUUAGAAAAGUUCAGGUCUGACUGCAUGUGUGCAUUAAAAAAAUUAAAAACAAAAACAAAAACAAACAAACAAAAAAAACACAUUUCAUUACGGAUUCCCUCACCUUUUUUUUUUGUUUGCUUCCAACAGUUAACUUGAACAGUAAGGAGCAAAGUCAGUUAAAAAAUUAGACUUUCUGCCGAGUUAUUUUUCUUACUCUGAUGACAUCUCUUGGCUUUUUAUCUUUAUUUUUGUACCAGUGGACCUCCCUCUGCCCACUCAGAGAUUUUGUAUUGAUUGACAUCUAUUGUGUCUUUGUAUUCCCUGAGGCAGUAUUUUCUUCGCAUAUUAAUGAUAGUUAAAAGGUCAGAUUCGUUAACAUUUUUCUGAUUGAAGAAAAAUAAGUGUUACCUAGCAAUUCUGACUUGAAUAUUUUCUAGCCUGGGGAAGGGGGCUCACGUGUCACUGUAACUUUAGAUUAAUGGUGAGCAAGACAAAGUCUUGUUCCGUCUGAAGGUAUCAAUGCCCUGUAAGUACCUGUCUCUAGGUAAACGGGUGUUAGUAAGUAACAGUUUUGUUAAACUUUAUUCCUGAUCAUUUGGUAAAGCCUAGAGUUCCUUACUUUGUAUUCUGUCCUUAGACUUUAAGAUACAUUUGUAUAGUUGCCAAGAAUUCUAAAAAUGAGAUGAUGAUGGGCUUUCUCAGCAUCUUUUUCUUCUUCGAAUUGAGUUGCUCUUGAAGUUUGUACUCCUCUGUCAUAAAGAUGGCAGAUUGCAGAUGGACAGUGUAGGCUCUGUCUCAUGCUUUCAAAGUAGAGUUCUGGAUUGCAGUUUCAAAAAAUAUGAUAGGUUUAUUAUUAUAGAAUAAAAGUGCCCUGAAGGAAGAAGAUAGCUAUAGUUGCUGGGCAAAGAAAGCAUGAAGAAGAAAUUUUAGAAGAUAAAAUCAAUUAUUGAGUGCUGUAUGAUGCACGAGGCUAGAAAUGUGGUCAUUGCCUAGCCCAAGCAGAAUCUAAUAUGUGUGGCCAUUACCAAGCGUUUUCUGGCUCUGGGUAUAAUUUUUUCUAAGUAUGGUUGCCAAGCAAUCCAGUAAAUCUAACGUAAUUUUUCUCACUUUAAUGAUCAGUGUUCGGGAGUCUGGUCCUUCCUAUGCUGAUUAGAAGUACGUGGCUUUCUUACCGGAAUACAACCCAGAGUACACACAGCCAUAAUCAGCUGUGUGUCAUAGUCACUUCACAUGGUAGCCAUACAUUUGUCCUAAAUAGUGAUCCUUUCCAUCUAGUUUCCUGUUGCAGACAGUAUUUAUUACUGAAUUGGUGGUCUGUAGCUAGGGAACAUGGUAAAGCUACCUCCCCUGCCUGGCAGUGGACUUGAAGGGUUGGCUUCCACCAGCUUUGUUGCUCAGACUUUAACAUAAGGUACAGAGAAGUGUAAACAAAAAACUACGAUAAAGUAUGAAAGUUUUAUCUUGAGAAAACGUUCAUAAUUGACUCUUUAAUCUGGGUUCCUUAUGAAAUCACCAGUAAAGAGAUUCCAUUUGUCUUGGGUCUUCUGUUAGCAGAGGGGAUGGUCUAGCUAUGGUAGCUUGAAAGCACAAUCUAAGAGGAAUUAACCUUAACAAGGUUGCAUUAGCUGUGUAGUGCUGGUCAAGUGUGCUCUGGGAAAGGGAUUGAAAGCAGAAGUCAACUGCCUAUGUUUGUAACUUUGUUUCGCCUGGACCCUCCUGUUAGUAGCCUUUAAUCCUUCAGUCCAGUGGAAGAAUAAGGCCCUGAACAUAUACUUGCUGCUUUUUUGUUUGGGUGUUCUUUUGGUUAUUGGCCUCUGUCUGGUGAGUGCUGUUUGAAGACCUGUUGUUUCUUAAUCCCUUUUUAAUCCCUUUUCUGGGGUGACUGAUCAGGAAGCGGCCAUUGAGUCUGUCCCAUGCCACCUGUGCCCUGCCCCUGCUCCCCCCCCAGCGCCCACCCCGUGUCGGUUUUUUUCUUUCGGUAAAAAAAUCUUUUUUUUUUUUUUUGUGAUGCAUCCCUAUGGUGAAUCUGCCCCUAUGGGAAUUCACAAGCAGUGGUUGCAUCUUAACUUUGACUGUUGGGCCAUGAGCAGUUAGGAGGGCUGUGGAUGCCUGUGCUAUUUUAUUUUAGUCUCUCAUGCAGGUAGCUGUCACAUUGGUUUGGGAACAAAGGAAACUUCUGUGUAGUUCUAGGGCAAAAUGGGCAGUAUUCUGCUGGUCUUUGAGAGGUAUUAGUUAACAUUCUUAGGUUGUGGACUUUUUGAGGUAGGAUGUAACAUUUUAGUGUACUUACAAUGAAUUGAAUCUGAGUUUCUAAAACAACCUAUAGCUGCAAACGAUGGUGUGAAACAUUUUUGGCACAAAUCUUCAUUGUCAGUCAUUUCUUAAGCUUUAAGAUAUUAGCUAGAUCUUUGUAAAAUGAUAUCUUCGCUUACUAUGCUUUUGUGAUAUUCAGGAAUAGAUUGUGGAUGGCAGGAAAUGGAAGCAAAGGUUCUCAACUGCGAAUGAAAUUGAGAAAGGUAGUAACUAUUCCUCAGCAGUUUGGUUAGUUAGAUGUGUUAAUAUUGAAUACUUUUGGAACAAAUGAGUAGCCGUACUCUUCAUGUCUUAACACAUACGAUAUGCACUGAUAGAAAAGCACAAAAGACAUAUCUGCAGAGUUUCUUUGUGCAUUUCACUACUGUCCUAGGGCACUGCCGUCUCUGGUGGUCAUUUUAGGUUUGUGUUUGGAUCUUGCACAAGUACCUUUUAAUUUCAAAUGUGAGAGCCCAAAGAACUGAUUCUUUAAUUUUACUUUUUUGCUAAUUUCAUUUCAAAGUUAGGACAGGAGACAGGUAACCUGACUUCCAUUUUAUAAAUAUUAUAAACUGUUUUUCUUCAGUAACAAAUAGGGAAGGAAAAUAAAACCAUGAACUAUUUUGCAUAUACAUAUAUUUGUGUAUAUAUAUAUACACACAAUAUACAUAUUUUUUCUAAUUGUUUUUGAAGUUUGCUUAUUAGCUUAAUACUUUAUAAAAAAUUCGUCUUUGCUAAGUAUUGAUUCAUACAACUCAGAUUUUUAAUUUUACCUGUUUAAUGAAAAUUUAAAAGUCUUAUUUCAGAAUAAGAUGAUUAAUCAAAUGGAAUUAUGGUUCAUGUGUUAACUAAAGUGACCAUCAAAAUAAGGGCAUACAGUUUAGUUUGGAUGGGAAAGGGAAUAAGAAUUGAUUUCUUUAUAUUUCCCGCCUAUUUCCAAAACAAGAUUUGAAGUGUCUUUGAUGCUGUGGAGACUAGGUGAUGUUCAUGGAAGAUACAUAGUCUUAAAACAGUUUUCUUGGGGGUAGGUUUUAGUCUCAAAAAGGUGAAGAUAUUUAUGCUGAGUCAUGGACCGACAAAAUCUGGUAGAAAAAAAUUGAUGAAAUGGUUUUGCUAAACAUGAUAUUCCACUUGAGAAAACUGAACUUUAGAGUAAAUGUGAUAACUAAAUAGGUUUGUAAACUUUAUUCAGCAAUAAUUUUUGUCUCAUGUAAAAUGAUUUAACAUUUAAUUUUUACCUUAAUUAUAGCAGCGUUUUAUUACUUUACCUUCUAGGGCAUUUUAAUGUUUCGAGAAAGACGUGUAAGUAAACCAUUGGAGGAUUCUGUCUAUGGUAGUAAUGAAGUUUUUGGUGCUUGUUUUGAUUGUCAAACAUUAGGAAAAGCAGAAAAGGAACCCCAAAACCAACCUUGUUGGUGCGCCUUAUAGUUAAUGAAUUGAUAACCUUUAGAGUGGUAUUACUUAUUGUGUUUCAGGGUUUAUUACAUUCUGACUGAAUAGUUUUCUCUUU